AGCGCUGAGGCGAGGAGGCGCCGGGCGCUGUCAGCAUCGUGCUGCCCGCCGCCAUGGAGCCGCAUCGCUGGCUGCCGCUGGAGGCCAACCCCGACGUCACCAAUCAGUUUCUCAAGCAGUUGGGUAUACAUCCGGACUGGCAAUUUGUAGAUGUCUAUGGUAUGGAACCGGAACUGCUUAGCAUGGUGCCAAGACCUGUAUGUGCAGUGCUUCUCCUCUUUCCAAUAACAGAAAAGUAUGAAACCUUCAGAACAGAAGAAGAAGAGAGGAUAAAAGCUAAGGGGCAAGAUGUCAAAUCAUCAGUGUAUUUCAUGAAGCAAACUAUCAACAAUGCUUGUGGGACAAUUGGGCUAAUUCAUGCUAUUGCCAACAACAGAGAGAAAAUGAACUUUGAAACCAAUUCAUCAUUGAAAAAGUUCCUAGAAGAUUCUUUAUCUAUGACUCCUGAAGAGAGGGCCAAAUAUCUAGAAACUUACGAAGCAAUUCGUGUCACUCAUGAAUCCAGUGCCCAUGAAGGUCAGACUGAGGCACCAAGUAUAGAUGAAAAAGUAGAUCUUCACUUUAUUGCAUUAGUUAACGUAGGUGGUCAUCUCUAUGAAUUGGAUGGACGCAAGCCAUUCCCAAUAAACCAUGGGGAAACUAGUGAUGAUUCUUUUUUAGAGGAUGCAAUAGAAGUUUGCAAGAAAUUCAUGGAACGUGACCCAGAAGAAUUAAGAUUUAACGCAAUUGCACUGUCUGCAGCUUAAAAACUUUUCCACUUGGGCUAACCUAUUGCAAUGUGUUGUAACAAGAUAACUGUUGCCGUACGUUAAUAGUACAAGUUUUGAUACUUCCCUAACAUGUCCGUUAAUUGUAGCACAUGUGGAAUAAACUUUGCAUUUGUCCUUGAUA